AUGGUCAUAUCUAAUGAGUUUAAGAAGAUGUUGAAAGUGGGAAAUGCGGUUGAAUGUAAACAAAUUGUCUUGAAUGAAAUCUUUUGGAAGAAUUAUUUGAUUACAGUGAAAGUAAUGACUCCUUUGUUAAAGCUUUUGCGGUUGUGUGAUUCGGAUGAAAAACCUACAAUUGGUUAUGUUUACGAGGGAAUUCGUUGGGCAAGAAGAGGGAUUAAGGAAUUGUUUAAGAAGAAGAAGGAAUUAUAUAGGCCUUACACUAACAUAAUUGAUAGUCGUUGGGAUAGGAUGUUAAGAAAAAGUAUUUAUUGUGCGGCUUAUUGGUUGAAUCCCGUUUUUCAAUAUGAUCAUGCAAAUCUUUGUAAGAAGAAUGAGGUGUUCCAAGGCGUUCUUGAAAUGGUUGAGAAGACUUUUAAAGGUAAUGACGUUUUAAAUAUUACAUUGAAUUUAGGCAGGUUUUGUGAUGCUGAAGGUACCUUUGGUAGAUCCAAUGUCGUUGCUUCUCAUAAUCUUACUCGUCCAGAUGAGUGGUGGAAGUCAUUUGGCAGAGAUAUUCCGGUUUUGCAAAAGUUUGCUAAUAGAAUAUUAAGUCAAACGAUUGAAGGAUUUUGGGUGGUUAAAAAAGAGCGGGAAGGAGAACUUAAUUAUGAUGAUUUGGAAAAUAUGCUUGAUGAGCAAGAGCAUGAACUGACUUCUAAAUCACAAGGUAACCAUGUUGAUGAUGAAGUUGAUAGUGAAUUUCAGUUACUAAGUGACCGCGAGAUUGAUGCUUAUAAUACUCCAAUUUCUCAAGAUCCAUGA